UAUGCUUCUAUAAAAAUGUACCUAUGUACUAUAUAAUAUCUUAAAUGUUAAGAAAAGAUUAUGAAUAUUCACAUCCAAAAUAGGAAACAGGGGAUACGAUUAUUAAUAAAUUGCAUGCGAAAUUGAACUUUAAAAAAAGUAUUUUAAUAUUUUUAAACACCAAAAAGAAGGUGAUACAAUAUUUUCUCAUUCUACUUAGAACAACCUGAUCUUCCUUUCCUCAUCAUUAUACCCAUGAGUUCUGUGUGUGGUGCUUGUAUUUUGAUAGUUUUGAUAACAUUCCUCUGCAAAUUUACUAGGAAAAAGAAAGCUCAGAAAACAGCAAACCACAGUUUGAAUGCACAAGUAUUCGAGGAAACUAAAGAAUCAGCUGUGUCGCUUGCUUUUAACGCCAAUGAAUACUCGACUGAUGGUUCACUUUAUACGACAAUCGAUGAUGAAGCUGUUUCACUAGAUCCGCCUAAUAUGAUAAAAGAGCUAGCCACUAACAAACUAACAAACAAACCAUGUGACAAAGCGAACACACAACAACCUGUCUAUGAAGCGCCUCUUGUUGCCUCCACACUGGAAGACAGUUUGUAUCUACGGCCAGUUUUCUUCAAUGUUUCAGCCAACGCAAUCUACUCUGAUCAUGUGUACGCGAAUUUUUCAACACUUAAAAGAUCACAAAGACAUUAAUUAAGCCGUGAUACGUAUACCAAAAUGUAGCUUCUUAAAAUUAACGUAUUUUAGACAACUUUAUUUCAGUUACCUUUGACAUUUUAUUACUGCUUAAUUGUGCUUUUUUUAUUAUAAUGCAAUAAUAUUUGCGUAUAUAGACUAGCUUCAAUUAACCACUACACUGGUUUAAUUUGCACUACCUAAAUGUUUAGUAUUUUCAUGUAAGUUAUAUUAAAUGUUGAUUUAAUUAUGGUUUUUGGCUUAUAAGAUUGCUCAAACUGUGUUUACCUAUAACUA